GUAGGGUUAAUCGUGUGUAGCUGUUGGCUGUACUGGCUUAACAGCUGUGUGGUCAACUACUGUUGAUUUGUUUCCAUGACGACAGAACACCAGACAACAGAGACAGCUUGUCAAGUUUAUGAAGUGUAAUUAUCUGUUGUAUUAUAAUUUAAUUAUUUACACACGUUGACCUUUUGUAAUUAAUACUACCUUAUUAUUGCCUCAACAAUACAACAAUACAGUAUUGUACUAUUGUAUAGAGUUCCUUAUGAGAAUGUAUAUGUAUCUAAGUACUCAUACUAUCAUGGUUUAAGCCAUUUCCAUUUAUAACGUAAAAUAUAUAUAAUUCAUUGUAAGUUUAUAUCUUAGUUAAUAUUUGUAAUCAAUAACGUUAAAUUAACUUCAAUUCAAUAACUAUUAAUUAUAAAAAGUUAAAAACUUUCUGGUAGUAUUAUAAUUUUACAAAAGUAUAACUGCCAUCAAGAAAUCUUCAAAGAUAUGAGUUCAAGAAGCAUUCAGCUUCAGCAGUUGUGGAUCGAUGCAUUCAAUGAUUCACAAGCCAAUCUUCAGACUUUCUCAUCAUGCAUGACACUUGCCGAUCUGAGUGCAGAUGAGAACUACAAGCUUAUCCUGGCAGACUCAGGCAGUGGGUCCACUCAUGUCAAGCUUAAGGUAUAUAGUGGUACCAGUCUGGCCUGUGAGGUACCACUGUUAGAUGCGCCGUCAGCCCUUGUGUCCAUCUACACUGACAACAAUGAGCCUCGUAUUCCAGGUAUUGCAGUGGCGUGUGGGGCUAAUGUCCUGGUCUACCGGAACUGUCGGCCCUACUUCAAGUUCUCUCUGCCGCUGGUAGAUGGCAGUAGUCUUGAAGCAGAUGUGUGGCGCCAGAAGAGUCAGACAACACAGUUAAUACGUCUGCUCCAGGAUCUCAGCAAGGAGUUGGGCUACUCCAACCUGAGCGCACCAUCACAGAUGUUGUUGGCUCUCGAACCUGCCGCCCGGGAGGAGUUUGCGUUCAAACAUAGACACUGUUCUAUCAAAAAGCAGACAGUGAUCACCUGUAUGACAACAAUAGAGAAGAAUGUGGCGGACGAUAAGGCAGUGUCGUGUCUUGUGCUGGCGACGGAAAGCAAACAGCUGUUCGUUUUGGACCCUGAAGCCUUCACCAUCGCCGAUACGUUCCCAUUGACAUUCGUGGCGUACCUAUUGAGUGCUUCUGGCCUGUACACUGUGGACUACAGCGUGUUGUUGGUAUCUCUGACUGGGGCAGUAUGUGUGAUGCGUGCUGGUAUAGUGACUACACUGACACAGCUGCCUGCGUGUCCUGUCAGCGUACUGCAGGUGGCUCGCACCUUUGUCACAGCCAACAUGGACAACACCUUGCAGUGUUACUCUCUCAAGGGGGUCAAGCAAUGGUCUGUUAUUCUCCCUGGGUCUCCAGUGACGUUGGCCUCAGUACCUCUUGUUCACCAAGCCCUGCAUCUGGUGGCGGUGGCUGUCACCAUAGAUACUGGAGGCUGUGUUCUGCUCUAUUCUGGUCCUCAGCUGAUGCACUCUUUCAUCACGCCCCAACACGUCUCAGCUCUCGUGUUCGGACGUUACGGCAGGGAAGAGCAUGCACUUGUCUCUGUGUCUGAUGGAGGUGCGCUGUCGGUGAAGCUACUCAAGAGAACGGCCCAGUUCGGCAGCGGAGAGCGCCAGCCCACCUCUCAAGACAAGCCUCACAACAUUAAGCUGCUGGUGCCCAAGAAGAGCAAGUUGUUUGUCGAACAGACUCUGAGAGAGAGGGAACAGUUCAAAGAGAUCCAUCAGCGUUUCCACCGGGAUUGGUUGGGACUGAGCGUUGCUGCCAGUGAGGCAUAUGUCAAUGCACUGCGUAAUGCUACUGUGUGUCAGCGAGAAGCUCUCAAGUUGACUGCGCAGGUGCUGGGUUUGGGUCCUAAGCUGAAGGUGCAACUUUUCCUAGAAAACCUUGCCACUGACUAUGUUCCUGCAGGGUUAGCUGUCACUUUCACGUACGAUCACAACAUCUAUACAAUCCACAGUCCACACAUUCCGGUGCCCAUGCUGGUGCCAGGACUGACAUGUUGUCUGGAGACUCUGGUCACUUGUCACUCUGCCAUCGUCGGUCAACUGACAGUCCUCGUGUUCGCCCGUCGAGUUCUCCUCUCCGCCAUCAUUAGCAUGCCACCAGCUGCUGUGCUGACUUGAAUCACUGGAAGUAAAGAAGCAAGGCUCAACUAUUGGUGCAUUCUUUCUAUCACUCAGUGCAGUCACAAUAUGGCAGCAAAGUUCUUUUCUGGUGCUGAGAUUGUUACAUCCAUCAUCUUAUCAAUAGACAGUAAGAAAUAAUGAGGCAUAUACGGUGGAGAAUAUUUUCAGUUAUUUUUAUACUAGGAAGAGUUUAGACCAUGAGCUUUAGAAGUGAAAAGAAAGCAUUUGGUGUACUUAUUGCACAGCAGAAAGUUGUUAUGUUUUGGGAGGACUUUGGAUGGGAAUAUCAGUUUAUUUUUAGUGGAUUCUCAUUCAUAUGUCAUGUUGUCUCUCCUGUCAUGUGUGGAAUGUCAAGUACUAUUAGAUCAUAGUAUGCACGAAACCCUGAGACUAUAGGAGACAGUCACUUUUUGCUAUUCUACAGCAAUACAAUAUCAAGGAUUUGAUUUCAGUCAGACAAAUCUUUUUUUACAUCUACCGCUGUUGUUAAAUACAAUAUCUAGUUCUACAAUUGGCAGGCACUUCUGGCUUACUGUUGGAAUACAAUCUAGUUAUG